AUGUCCAACCCUCAAUCCUACCCAUCCCCCGACGCCGCCCAAGUCACCACCGGCGCCGCGCCGUUCUACAGCCACAAUGGCGCCUCUGCCGCCGCGAAUGAGAUCCGCGCCGACAUGGAACUCUCCGCCGAACUGCAGCGCGCGACCGCGCCGCUGAUCGCCCGGAACCAGGAAGACCAGGCGCACCACGUCCCGCGCGUGCAAACGCCAACGCAGCCGCCGAAUCAGAGCGAUGUACUUACAGAGCCGCUGCCGCCGUAUCAGCAUCAGCAUCAUUACUCGUUGGCGGAUGUAUCGGAUAUCGGGUCGGGGCCGGGGAAGCGGCAGAAGGCGUCGAGGGCCUGUGAUGGGUGUCGGCAGAAGAAGAUCAAAUGCGAUCUUGCGCCGGAUCAGCAGGACGCGUGUAGGAACUGCAAGAAAGCUGGGAUUCGAUGCCAGUUUACAAGACAGCAACUCAAACGGGGACCAAGCAAAGGAUAUAUCAAAGAACUCGCCGACCGAGUACAAAGCCUUGAGCAAUCCUUGAAUCCUUUCAACAGCCAACCGAACGCACACGAUACCGACUUCUCGUACGUCCAGAACUUGGCAAACUUCAAUGGAGAAAGCGGGACGGAAUCGACCCCGACGAACCCUCGCAAGCGCACGUACUCGGCUUCCCAAGGGAUCCAUGACCUUGCUUUGGCUCAGCAAGAUGGCUUCCGAUUGCCAUCGGCAGGUCCCCAGGAUGGGGCGCGGGACGCCCAACCGCAGCAAGAUGAUGACGAUGAUUGGUUCAAUAUGGACCUUACUCAGGAUUUGGGACUGCCGGAAUGGAACUACACCAUUGUUUCCGACUACUAUGAGCGCAUGCACCAGCAGCUUCCCUUCCUCCCGAAAUCCAUCGUCCAACUUCGCCAACGCCUAACCCUCUGCCGCCCAACCCUCCGCCGCGCAUUCACCCUCGCCCUUGAAUGCUUCAUCCGCUCGUGCCCCGGCUCGAAACUCCCGCAAGACGCCGAGUUCCGCGAGCAAUUCCAAACCGUCAGCAAGCUCCUCCAGUUCUGGCACUACGAGGACCCGAUCAACGCCGCGUUCCACAACAGUUUGGUCUACGUGCAGGCGCUGGUGCUGAUGCACCUCGCGUCGGAGAACCAGACGCUGCAUGAUAAACAUACCGUGACGUCGCGCAGCGAGUGGCUCGCGAGGGCGAUUGGGCAGUCGAAGCACUUGCGUCUUGAAGAGCCGCGUGGGAGGGCUACGAUUCUCGAUGGGGAUUUGUCGCAGGAUACGGACGAACGGCUGGCUCGACGCAUUUUUUACACCAUCUACGUUCUCGAUCAAUGGCAUGCGAUCUCGCUCUGCCAGUCGGCUCUUCUACCGGACUAUGGGAUGUCUACUAUGCACGAGGAUGCAGCCAUCUUGGGCCCAGAGCUCCACUUCCUGAAAAGAUCAGCGCUCAUCCUCGGCGACCUCGUCAAAACAGUCAAAGCAUGCAGCCUCCUCCCCCGCGACCCCCUCCUCGCGCACCUUGACCCCUCCAGCCCCGCCACCCUCAUCCUCACCGGCUUCACCAACGCCACCCUCUCCCUCUUCCGCGACCUCGCUGCCGACCUCCUCCCCACCAUCCCCCACCUCGAACUCCUCUAUCACCACCUCCAACUCCUCCUCCUCCGCUUCGCCCCCGCGCCCCACCCCCCCCCCCCCCCCCCCCCCCCCCCCCCCCCCUCCUCGCCUCCGCCCGCCGCAUCGUCGAAAUCCUCACCCCGUCCGAUCCGUCCGUACCAACCCCAUCUUCCCCCCUCCACCACCACUGCAUCGCCCACGCCGCACUCACCAUCGACGAACUCUGCUCCCGGCGCCAUCCCCGUGCGCGCCGACGGGAACGACUGGAACACCGCGACGCGCGAGCUGUGUCGGCGGAAGCAUCGGGUGUUUAGUGGUGAGGGUGGGGGUGUGGAGGCGGCGCGGGCGGCGGCGGUGGCGGCGGAAGGGCAGUUGGGGGGUGGUUGGGAUGCGAAGGAGGUGGUGGUGUUUGGGUAUUUGCGGUAUUUGGAUCGGGGGAGCGGGGAGGGGGAAGGGAAUGGUGCGGUUUGA